AUGAGUACACGACCACGAAAAGGCUCCUCAGCCUUAUCACACGUUUCUAAUCAUUCCUCAAAUAAUUCAAGUGGUUCGGCAAAGUAUUCUGAGAGAUCAGCAAUGACAACAAUUUCAUCGAGAAAUACAAGUCGUAAAGUAUCAACUACAUCGGGUCCUCUUUCCUCAUCACCAUUGCUAGACUCUAGAAAAUCUUCUUCUGUCUAUGAUGAAAUCCUGAAAACAGCCUUUAAGAAAAAGAAACCAUUACCUUCAGCUACCACUUCAGGAAGUACUACUACCACCACUACUUUGAAUCCUUCAACAAAUCCUUCAUCAUCAAGUUUAGGGAUUAAGCCAAAAACACCUCUCACUCCAACAAAACGAAAUUUAGAUAAAACUAAUAAGGAUACAUCAAAAAGUUCUGCUGCUGGGUUGAAAACAAAGUCUACAGCAUCUACUACAGUUGAGAGCACACAAUCAAAGGAACUUCCACAACAAGAUCCUAACAAUGACCAACAACAAAUACCAACAAGGGACACAACAGAACAUACGGAAACAAAUAUCCAUAGUGAUACCCCUUCAUCCGAUGAGGUUCAACAGGAAGAUCCAGUCAAGGAAACCCAUAAAGAUGACACUGAGGAAGUAAUACCAUCAAAACUUGAAGAAGAAUUGGUAAAUGAUAAGAGUUUGGAAGUUACAAUUGAGAAAGGAGAGAAGGAACCAGAAUUUGCGGUUGAAAAACCAAUUAUUGAUAUUUCUAAAAUCUCUGCUUUGAUUGAAACUGAAAAGGAGCUUCUCAAUCAUACUGAAAUCAACAAUUCAAAGCCAACUUUAACAAUACCAUCAACACCUUCUGAAAGAAUUGCAAGUUUAACAGAGGAAGAAAAGAUCAAAGUUAAAAACUUGGCAGCCAGAAACUUGAAAUACAACAAUUAUGAAGAAUUAUUUGAAUCACCAACCAAAGAUGGAACAAUGGAAGAUUUAAUGGAUAAUACAAUUGUUAAUAACAUCUCAGUAAUUGAACCUAAAGAAGAGCAAAAUCCUAUCAAGGAGGAAAUUAAGGAAACUCCACUUGAAGAAGGAGAAUCUACUCCUGUAUCAAUACCAACUGAAUCUCAACAAUUUUCUCAAAUUUUACAAGUUGAAGAAACACCAAUUGUGAAAAAGGAACUUAACACAAGUAUUGAUUCAGAGUCAUCCUAUGGUAGUUAUAUGGAGGAGUCUGAUGAUGUUGUAGUAUUUGAAUCACCUAACAAAGAUGAAAGAGAAGUUCACAUGUUCUCACCAAUUCAAAAGGAUGAAGUUAUGGAACCUCUUGAAAUGAACGAGUCGUUUACUACAGCUGCAACAGAAAAGCUGGAAGCUCAUUUACAGAAAACUGUAGAUUUGGAAAAGGAAAAUCAACUGUUAGAAUUGGAAAUCAAAUAUUUGGAAAAAGAAUUGAAAUCUAAUAUUCAUAAUCAAGAAAAAAGACAACCUGAAAAUGUUGUUUAUGACUUACCAAAACAUGAACACUUUGAGAAGGAAAGGGAUGAAAGACCUUAUUUUGAAGAUAGUGAAUCAGAGGAUGGUGAAGAACCUGUACAAGAAGAAAUUAGACAUCAACACCCAAUCCAUCAACCACAAAUUAUUGAAAUUUCAAGAGAGGAAUUAAUCAAACCAAGAGCUUUUUUGAAUCAUCAAAUAUUAUUUCAAGAAGUUAAGAAAGAGUUAAAACGUAAUAUCCAAGAAAUUAAACCAAUCAAAAUACCAGAAGUAUUUAUUCGUGAAACCAUCAAAUCAAAACAAGAAAUCAAAAUUAUUUCUACUCCUCUUGAGCCUGAACUAGAGCACUCAGAUCAAUACCCAAAGCAAGAACCUGAAACGCAAGAGCCAGAACCAGAACUUGAACCAGAGCAACCUGAAGAGCAAGAACCAGAGCCAGAAAUUAUAGAGCAAAUACCUAUCGUAUCAGAACCUGUAAAAGUAAUUGUUAAUCAUCACCCAAUCAUUCCAGAGCCAAAAAAACAAGUUGAGCAUGUGGAUGAAGAUUUGGAAUUUGACAUGGAAUUACAAAAAAUUGUUGGUGAAGACUUUAGAAGGAAAAAGAUUACCAUAAUGGAUCCAAAGAAUUUUGUAGAAAGAGGUGCCAGUUCUCCAAUAGCUAGAUUGAGGAGAAGAGUCCAAACCAACUCUGAAGCUUCAACAGUUCAACCACCUCAAAUUGAGCCAACUAAUGUCUCUAAAAAUUCUGAUGAACAACCAAAACCUUCAUCUCAUAGACUUGCUGGAUAUAAGGCAAGAAGAGAUGCCCGAAUGAAACUAUUAGAAAAACAAGAAAUUAGUAUAACAUUACUUUCGAAUAAUGAUACUUCAGAGGUUGUUACUCCUACCAAGGAUGUACCACCAGUUCAAAAUCCACCACAACCAUCCGCCAAUGUACCAAUCAAAAAAGAAGAAACUAAUGAACCCAACCAACAAAUUACUUUGGUACGAUCGAGAACUUCCAUUACUUCUGAAAAAGCUGCACCAACAACAGACCCUGUAAAAGAUAAACCACCUACAUCCACAACAACAGUUGUUGUUAAAGAAAGAAGUGAAGAAACUACCAUUUCAAAAGAGGAAGUUAAAUUAACAAGUCUUCCUGAAAAGAAAGAGAAAUCAAGCUCAACGCUUGUUGCUGCAAUUCCAGAAGUUAAAACGAGUAGAAAAAAGUUUGACGAGGUGAUUAUUAUUUCACCUCCAAGAAAUCCACCACCAGUUGUACAUCACAUGAAUCCUCAAAUUCAAAUAGACCAAGAAACAGUUGAUGCCAUUGUUCCUGAAGAUACUGAAAAAGUAGUUCUCUUAAAGAAGACUGAAGCUCUUUUGAGCAAAUCAAGAGAACGUCAUUCUUCACCAAUCAGAAAGAUUGAAAUUACAAAAGAAACCGAGUCACCAAAUGUUAGCUUUGUAACAAGCUUAAGCUAUAACAAUCAAUCAUCUUUGAAUCAAUCCAUGUCUUCAAUUAUUAAGGAUGAUCCAAAACAAGAGACUUUGAAUAGAGUUAAUCAUUUAGAAAAGUUUAUGAAAGAUUUGAAAAAGAAGAAACAAGAUGAAUUGGAUGUUUUAGAGAAAAAGUUUGAUGAAAUGAAAUCCUACUUUUCGCAAGAGUUGGGAACUAGAGAUUCUGAAAUCCAUAACUUGACUAAUCAAAACCAAUUAUUAAGAGACAAACUAGCAGUUGCUCAGUCUCAAAUAGAUGAUUUGUCAAUAGUUAUUGAACACAUUCUUGAAACACAAGAGGUUUUAGAAGUUCAAUUGAAAAAAAAGCCAAAAGGAAACAAGUUGACUUCUCCAUUAAUAGAAGCAAGAGAAGAUGAACCUGUUUCACCUGUUUCAUAUCCUGGUAAUGAUAUUCAAAAUAAUUUGUCACCUGUAUCAUCAUCUAUUCCAAUAAGUAUAAAUCAUGAAGACCUACAAGAAACUCAACCAACACCAUUAGCUUUUUCAAAAGAGGAUAUUAAUGUCGAUUUAUCAAUUGAUGGAGAAUUCUACUUAUCGUUUGGAAAGGCAAGUUUGCCAUUGGGAGAGUACGUCAAGACAUUGUAA